CAUCUUUAACCUAAAAUAGGCCACGAAACACACUGGCUAGUUCGUUUAAACCAAAUUAACGGUCAUCCGAAAAUUUAAACGGAUCCGAUAAAAAUGUCAAUUUUAACAUGGUGUUAAUUUAUCGGGAUCCGGAAUACCAAUUAAAAUACACAUCCGACAAAAAACUUUAUUUUUAACAACCUUUAAAUUUUAACAGGUUUCAUUCAGAAUUGCCCCUAUGGAAAGCAAUACAAUACAGUGUAAACAUUGUAAGAAAAAAUUUGAAAGUAUAUCAAGUCGAAACAAACAUCUUCGCACUAUUCACAAUGACAAUAGUCAAAACAGUUCAAGAACUUCCAAUAUUAUCUGCCCUUCUUGCACAGUCAAAACACAUUUUUCGACGUUUCAUCAAUAUUCAGUACACCUUUCGAAUAUUCAUGAUGUAAGCAUUAAAUUAGAAAAUUUAGAAUUUGAAAACGAGUCAUCAUUUGCCGAGUGGAAGGAACAUACAGAAAAAAAAUUGAAGUCAUUUUAUAUGUUGAACGCCACAUGCGGCAAAAGCACUUUAGGGAAAGUAUACUAUUAUGAAUGCCAUAGAAGCAAUUUAGACAAAUUUGAGUCGAAAUGUAAGUUAAGAACACCAAAAUUAAGUGGGUCUAUAAAAAUUAAUGGUGCAUGUCCCUCGCGAAUUCGCAAACAAACAUACAUUGGAAGUUCCAGGGUUUCAGUUACAUUCACAUCCACUCAUUAUGGUCAUCAGCUUGAACUGAAAUGUCAACCGUUAUCUGCAACAGAGAAAACAACAAUUAUUAACCAAAUCAAGAGUGGUGUAUCUCAAGACCAUAUUAUAGAAAAAGCGAGGGAAAUAAAUGAGGAAGCAGACAAAAAUAAGUUGAAUAAUCGAAGGCAUAAAUCAGAUUUAGUUGCUGUGGAUUUGAAAGUUGCAGAAUGGAAUUCUGGAGACAGAAAAAAUGUAGUUAUAUAUAAGAAGCCUGGAGAAAAAUAUGAAGGACUACACGAUUCUGAUUUUGUAUUAGCAUAUAUUAAUAAGGAAAUGGAAUACAUGCUACAAACGUAUGGGUGCAACAUUAUAUGCAUGGACGCAACCCAUGGCACAAACCCCUAUAAUUAUGAACUAACCACAAUUUUAAUUUUAGAUGACGAAAACAUUGGUUACCCAACUGUUUUCUUAAUAAGUAACCGAAAAGACAAAAUAAUUCAGGAAGUCUUAUUGACGGAAUUAAAAAGGACAACAUCAACUAUAAGUCCUAAAUAUUUCAUGUCUGAUGAUACAAAUAUUUAUUUUGAUGCAUGGACCAAAAUCAUGGGUAAUUCUCCACAACGACUAUUGUGCACUUGGCACAUAAAAAAAAAUUGGACGAUACAAUCAAAAGCCAAAAUUUCAAAUAAAGAGGUGUGCAAUAAAGUUCAAAAAGAUUUAGAGAAAUUACUAAAGGAGGUUGAAGAAAAGGAAUUUUUAAGACUAACAGAAGAACUUUUUGAUUACUUAAGGCAACAAAAUGAAGAAGCAUUUUUAGAUUAUUUACAAAAAUAUUACUUUCAAGAUAGGACAAGAAUUGGUUCAUGGGCCCAUUGUUAUAGAUUGCAUGCUGGAAUUAAUACAAACAUGCAUUUGGAAGCCUUACAUAAAACACUGAAAUAUAAUUACUUCUGUGGAAAAACAGUGAGAAGAUUAGAAACUUGCCUGGACAUGUUGGACAAACUUUUAAAAGACAAGUCAUGGAAACGUGUUGCAUCAAUUGUGCUCCCAACUGCAUCUCACAAACAUUUAGUUGUUAAUAAAGCUCAUAGGACAGCGAUGUCAAUGAGUUUUGAAUCAAUAUCAGAAAGCGAUUCUAAAACAUAUUUAGUGCAUUCACAAAACAAAAUCGAUUUCUAUGAAGUAAAACUCACCAACCCUUCAUGUGACUGUCAAAGGCUUCGUUGUCCCUUUUGCAAUGUCUGUAUUCACACAUUGACCUGUUCAUGUCAUGAGUCCAUUAUUAAAAAUAAUUUUUGCAAGCAUAUGCAUUUGGUAGCAAUGUAUAUCAACAUGACCAAGAGGAACAGCACACAGGACACAACAGAGGCAGAAACUGGAGAGCUCGCCAUUGCCGAAGAGUCUGAAACCAACAAACGGUUGGAAGAGGAAUUAAUAGAUACAAGGAUUUCCGAAAUGCAACAAAGAUCGGAUUCGGAUGCAACUGUAGUCUUAAAAAAUCAGUGCCAGGAAAUGUUUAAUUUUAUCCUAAACAAAUGCAAUACAAUGGCAAAAUGUCAAAAUUUAUUGGAAAAUUUAACAGAUUUAAGCAGUAAGUUAGAUGAAGAAAAUAAUACUCCAGUAAUUCCAGUAGCUACUCGUAAAAGAAAAAUUGACAAGCAGACAUUUUUUCCAAGGAAAAAACGGUAGUUUAUGGACAUCAUAACUUUUGUUUAUCUUGAAUAGAAUAAAAAA